AAAAACAAACUAGAAAACUCUUAAAGAAAUUAAAGUAAAAAGCAGAGAAAAAAAAUAAUAAAAACUCACACAAUUUGGUUCAAAACGAAAAAUUUUAAGUUUAAUUAUAAAAAAUAUUAAAAAAUGGCCACAAAAGUAGUAGCCACCGCUACAGUAAGAGCUUUAAAGGGUAGAAAAUUAAUACCCACCAGAGCAGCACUUACUUUGACUCCGGCAGCAGUGCAGCGUAUUAAAGAUUUAUUAAAGGAUAAACCAGAAUAUACUGGUUUAAAAGUGGGGGUACGUCAACGUGGUUGCAAUGGCCUUUCCUAUACCUUAAACUAUGCCGCCGAAAAAGCAGAUAAACUAGAUGAAGAGGUCAUACAAGAUGGCGUUAAAGUUUAUAUUGAUAAGAAGGCACAAUUAUCAUUACUAGGCACUGAAAUGGAUUUUGUGGAAACUAAAUUGGCCAGCGAGUUUGUUUUCAAUAAUCCCAACAUUAAAGGCACCUGUGGUUGCGGUGAAUCGUUUAGUAUGUAAAUGUUAAUAAUAAAAUUUUAAUUAAAUGUAAAA